AUGGCUGGUAUCACUGUCAAGGACGUUAACUCUCACGCCUUCAUCAAGGCUUACGCUGCCUACCUCAAGCGUACUGGUAAGCUCGAAGUCCCCAAGUGGGUCGAUCUUGUCAAGACCGGUACCUUCAAGGAACUCGCUCCCUAUGAUCCCGAUUGGUACUUUGUCCGUGCUGCUUCCGUUGCUCGUCACAUCUACAUCCGCAAGUCUGUUGGUGUUGGUGCUUUGAACAAGGUUCACGGUGGUACUGUCAACCGUGGUUCUCGUCCCUCUCACCACGUCAACGCUUCCGGUUCCGUCAACCGUAAGGUCCUCCAAUCUUUGGAAAAGAUUGGUGUCUUGGAGAAGGAUAAGAAGGGUGGCCGUAAGAUCACUCAAGAUGGCCAAAGAGAUUUGGAUCGUAUCGCCAUGACCCUUGCUGAGGAGUCUGACGAGGAGUAA